CACAAUCAUGGCUUGUAAGCUAUUCUUUGUUUUUCUGUGCAUCUUGUUUCAAGUUUAUUGUCAAAGUUUAAAAGAUGUAGAUAGAAUUACAGAUACUUUUUUUAAUAAUUUAAUGAAAAAAUAUGAAUCAAGUGUUCUAACUAAUGAAACAAAAGCAUUGAUUGAUCAAGAAAUUGAUAAUUUUGUAAAUAGCAUAUUGAAAAACCUGUUGUAUAACUCUCGUCAUAAAAAGGAACUAUUUAAGCACAGUAUGAACGAAAAAGAUGUGGAAGUAUUUAGUGAUCUAGAAGAGGUGUUAAAGCUAAAUGCAACGGAUAUAAGUGACUUGCAUUUCUUCAAAAAGCAUAAUCAAUUUUACCAAGUUCUUAUCACUUCCACCGAUUUGUUUGUUUACCAAAUUAACGUAAGUUCAUAUGAGGAUUAUCUUCAGGAUAUCCAAGCUUUUCCUAUCGCUUAUCAUUCAGUACCUUAUAUGUCAAAAUUACAUGUUUGUAAAUUUUCCGGCACUACUUGGUUCAUUGUUAAACAUGCGGAAGGCAUCACCGUUUUACACUUUUUCCAACAAAAUGGACGAUUCACCAUUCAAGAAGUGGAAUACAUAGAUAUUCCAAAUGUUAAACAUUUUGCAGUUUGGCAGGAUCAGAUGCACGUAUUUCUAAGUAUAUCCUCAGCUUCGGCAUUCCACGUAUACACUCGGUUAGAAAACAAAUUCAGACUCAUCGAAUUCUUGCCUAUUGUUGCCAAUUCAUCGGCAUUCUUCGCGACUGACAAAUCGACGAAUCUCGUUAUUCUGGGCCAUAGUAAAACUACGAUAUUGAAGUACAUGCCGCACGGGCAUUAUUUCGACGCUUACCAGUCGAUUCCAAAGUCAUUCAACGAUAUUACAACUGUGCGCAUUUCACACGAUUAUUUCUUAGUUUUAUCAAGCAGUCAGAGGACCAUCUUGUACAAGUUAUCGGAUAGUGUUUACGUACCUCUUCAAGAGAUUGCUCCAGCCGAUCAAGUAGUGUCAGUGGCGAGGAAUACGACGAUGGUUUUACUUUUGAGGAGAAAUUAUUUGCUAAAUGUAUAUCAAUACGAUGGCUGGCGAUUUGUCCGAUUGGACUAUGAACUUGAUGGAAUUGAAAAUUUGAAAUCUAUUACUUUGAGAGGUGAGGCGCAUUUGAUUAUCAUUACAGUCAACGGCAGCUGGAUUUUGACGAGUUUGAAUUGGUCGAAAGCAAAGGGGUCAAGUGAAUAUUUAAAGAAUCUAAAACAGUGGUGUAUGGCUGCGAAAGAUAAGGCGAAAGCGAUUCCCAAGAUCAUAACCGACCGAAGGCCUAUCGAAGCGUCAAAUGUCAAUUUGCACAAAGUUACAGUUGAUAGCGUAAACGGUAUAAGUACAGAGAAAUUGAAGCAAUUGAACGAUAGCUACUACGAUUUAGUCUCGCGUCUGCAAGCAGCGAAAGAUGUAUUAACAGAGAAGAGAACGCUAAAAGAUCCGAAGUUAUCGACUCUACGAGCGAAAGCAGUUCGAGUAAAAUGCUUCGGCAAAUGUUACAUCAACAACUUGGUGACUGAACUGCCGUUCGAUAUAACAUCAAAACUCCGGCGAAUCGACGACGGAACGUUGAGUUUGAAGUUCGAAAAAGUACACGUUGAUACGCUAGAAGGAUUUCCUUGUCCGUCAAUGGGCAUCAAGUUGGAAGACGUAAACGUUGAAGGAUUGAUCAAUGGAAUAUCUUUCGAGGACUUGUACAAAAAUGCUUUGCGAACUUCAGGCGAUCAAAUCGUUACUGGUAUUCACAAAUUUGACGAGGUACGCGUCGACUCCAUUAUUGCUCCAAACAUUGAAGCCGCUUCUACUUUUACUCGUCAAAAUUUUAAAACCAAAGCGAUCCGCGCCAAAGAACUAAAUCUCACCGAUGGCGGUCUCUUGCUUCCAUUGGAUGGCGAACCAGUAACGAUGACUGGUACUCUCACAGCCAAGAAAGUUGCAUUCAGCAAGUUGGUUGUUCAACGUGGAGGUAUAACCGGCAAAAGCAUAAAGAAAAUCGCACCGAUGGUUUCUUUCCCGGAUUAUUAUAAUUUGACUGGCAAUUACACACUCAGUAAUGUGAAAGUGACAGAUUUGUUGAUGGUGAAGGAUAUCACGAGGAAAUCUGGCAAAUCAUUAAAAGAAAUUGUCGAUAAUGUCAUACCGUUGAAUGAGGGUGUACCGGUGCACUUGCAUUUCUCGGAGAAUCGCACGCUUUGGUCGAAUAUCACAGUGGAAAAUCUUCCAAAUUGGUUGACGAGAAAGAAUGCGCAAAUGGUCAAAGUCACUGGAGAAAAAAUAGCGUUGAAGGAUAUUAUACUGCCAGAUGAUGUGUUCUCUCAAUUACCACUACCAAAGGUAGAAACUCCUGUUUGCACCGUCGUUGCUGUAACUCCCGAUUUACGAACUUCAUCGAUUGAAGUUGGGCAAGCCACGGCGAAGACCGUUGUAGUUGAAGAUGUUGAAGGCGCAGACGAUCUCGAGAAGCUUGUGAGUGAUUGCGCGAGCUCUUGGGAUGAGGUAGAUUUGUCAAAGAAAGUUUUUACUGGUCCCGUAUUUAUUGAAAAUUUGAACUUGACAAGUUUUAAGGGCAGUCCUUUUGAAAGUUUCGAAACAGCGAUGUUUAAAUGGUAUGAUCCACAAAUUUUGAAAGGUCCGAUUAAAAUGAAAAAUUUGAAUGUGAGUUUACUCAAUGCCGCUGAAGGAAUCAAAGUGCCUUUACCUACAGAAAUUCAAAGUUUGACAGUAGAAGGAAAUUUGGAGGUGAAGACGAUCAAUGAUGUCGAUUUAAACGAUUUUUUGAGAAACAUCGUGCGAAUCAACGAACCUAUAACACUGAAGAACGUUAAAUUUGAAGGAAGUGUUGAAGCAGAUGAGAUUGAAACGGUACACACCAAUAUUCAUUUGGAACCCAUAGAGGCAAAUUUAUUUUUAGGAAAUAAAACCAUAAUAGGCGACUUGAACAUAGAAGGAGAUUUUUCAAUACCUGAUAAUGAAGCUUAUUCAUCUUUAGACAAAGUCACAACUUACGUUAUUGACGGUUCUGUUACAUUUAAAAAAGAGCCUAAUGUUGUCAAUAUCAAUGGAAAGAAUUUGAAAGAACUGAUAGCAGGUAUAUGGAUGCUAGAUCAACCUAUAAGCUUGGCUGGGGAUUUCCUCUUGAACAACGUCACUCUCUUGCAGCCUUUCGAUUCAUUCGAUUUGUUGAACACGCAGAAUUUUGGUCCUUGGGCAACUGUAGAAAGUCGUUUGUUAAGUAAAACUAAGUUGCAAGAGAUUCCAUCUACACUUAACUUCAGAAAUGCGAAAAUGCCUAACAUAAUAACUACUGGCAAUUCAUUUUUGAACAGCUCCGACCUGUACUUCAAUGACCUGCUCAACAUGACUUUGAAGAAAGACGUAGACUGGACUAUUACUGACAAGUGGCGCUUUGAAGAGCUCAUCGUCACAGGUGAUUUGAUAUUACAGGGAAAAAUCAAUAAUCUUAACUUAUUCACUGAUGUUGCGAGGCACGAUGUGAAAGUAAACAUGAUAACCGGUAAAAAAACUGUGAAGGGGCUGACAGCGAAGCACUUGCACGGUUUGAAUUUUAAUAAGUGGGCAAAAGAUGCUUUGAUGCAGUCAGGCACGGAGAAACCUGUAGUAAUAACGGGCAGAAAGACAUUUAAUAACCUUCGCGCACGAAUUUUGAAAGUAAACGGCACGGUAAUGGGCAAAAGAAUAGAGAAAUGCUUAAGAGCGUCCGGGGAUCAAGUCAUCACUGAACCGAAACUUAUCAAAGGCUCGCUACAUAGUCCAUCGAUAUUACUAGGGGGGCUCAUAAAUGGUAUGAACUUUACUGACGUUGCUCUCAAUCAAUUGACGAAGAACGCAUCUGUCCAGAGCUUUAAAUCAGAUAUAAAGUUUAGCGGCAAUCUACACAUCCUCGGCAAUCUGACAAUCAAACGUUUGAAAGGCGUCGAGAUGCCAGAUAUCAACUCGAUCAACAAAAAUUUGUCGCCUCUGACUGGGACUAUCGAUUAUCUCAAGCCUUAUGCUACGGCUAUUGGAACGGCGUAUAAAAAUCGCGCCAAGUAUUGGUACAAGUUCGAAGAAGUCAAGGGUCGAGUUCUGCUACCCGUCAACGAGUACUCGCCGCCGGUCACUUUGACUCUUCACCAGCUCGGAAACUGCAUCUUCAUCAGCGUGUUCGACCUAGAAUGCAGUGGCCAGAACAGAUAUCACUUGAAACCGCUCACCAACUCCAGCAACAUGGUAGUCAGUGAAAUUCUGUCGGUGGACAGCGUAACUCUCGUCGUGCAAGUAAGCUCGGGCCCGGGGAGUAGGAUCACAAUUUACCAAUAUGAAUACCGAGCAAACACGUUCAUCGUUUCGGAAAGUAUCCGAGUGCCAGGCAUAUCCGACGCGUCAGUGUUAAGUCACAACCGUGUCGUAUGGAUCGUUGCGCUUCUGAAUACCGAAAUGUUAGUUGUGCGCUACGAAACAUGGGGUGACAUUCAAAAAUACCACAUGCCGUCGUCCUCUCAUUUUGUUUUGAAUAAAGUAGAACCAACGAAUGAACCAAUUCUUGUUCGCGACGAUGGCAUGUGGAAGUUUGAGGGACUCGCUGGCCCUUGGCACGCGUUUAAAGCAGAUCUCACUGCUGAAAACAUCGAAACUUUCAAUAUCAACAGUGAGUUUUUUGUGAGACUCACAUAUCGAAUUGGAGACACUAGGUUAUUAAGAGCUAGAUACGUAGGAGUUUAAAACAGUUGUUUGGCGUUAACUGUGAUGUGUAUUAGAUUUGUCAGGCAUUGAAAAAUUAUGUUUUCUGUUAAUCGUUUUUGUUUUCUCAUGUUAAGUAUCCUAAAUUCUAUAUUAUUU